AAAUUGCUAGGGCCCUGGUAGGCGGAGGAAAGAAUUGGUGUUUUGGCGGGGUGACAGUGAAUCUACCUGGCAGUUUGCACGGUUUACAGAAAUUCGGUCCCUGGAUCGUGUCGGGAAACUGGAAAAAAGGUCAGAAGCAUGAAGCGCAGUUCAGUUUCCACUGGUGGUGCUGGCCGCCUGUCUAUGCAGGAUUUACGAUCCCAGGACUUAAAUAAACAAGGUCUCCAUACCCCUCAAACCAAAGAGAAACCGACCUUUGGAAAGUUGAAUAUAAACAGACCCACAUCUGAAAGAAAAGUCUCUGUAUUUGGUAAAAGAACUAGUGGACAUGGAUCCCGGAAUAGUCAAUUUGGUAUAUUUUCCACUUCUGAAAAAAUCAAAGACCCAAGACCACUUAAUGACAAAGCCUUCAUUCAGCAGUGUAUUCGACAACUCUGUGAGUUUCUUACAGAAAAUGGUUAUGCAUAUAGUGUUUCCAUGAAAUCUCUUCAAGCUCCAUCUGUUAAAGACUUCCUAAAGAUCUUCACUUUUCUCUAUGGCUUUCUGUGUCCUUCAUAUGAACUUCCUGACACAAAGUUUGAAGAAGAAGUUCCAAGGAUCUUUAAAGAUCUUGGGUAUCCUUUUGCGUUAUCCAAAAGCUCCAUGUAUACAGUAGGGGCUCCUCAUACAUGGCCUCACAUUGUGGCAGCCUUGGUUUGGCUAAUUGACUGCAUCAAGAUACAUACAGCCAUGAAAGAAAGUUCGCCUUUCUUUGAUGAUGGACAACCCUGGGGAGAAGAAACUGAAGAUGGAAUUAUGCAUAAUAAGUUGUUUUUGGAUUACACCAUAAAAUGCUAUGAAAGUUUCAUGUCUGGUGCCGACAGCUUUGAAGAGAUGAAUGCAGAGUUGCAGUCAAAGCUGAAGGAUUUAUUUAAUGUAGAUGCUUCCAAGCUGGAGUCAUUAGCAGCAAAAAACAAAGAGUUGAAUGAACAGAUUGCAAGAUUGGAACAAGAAAGAGAAAAAGAACCGAAUCGUCUAGAGUCAUUGAGAAAACUGAAAGCUUCUUUACAAGCAGAUGUUCAAAAAUAUCAGGCAUACAUGAGCAAUUUGGAGUCUCAUUCAGCCAUUCUUGACCAGAAAUUGAAUAGUCUCAAUGAAGAAAUUGGUAGAGUAGAGCUAGAGUGUGAAACAAUAAAACAAGAGAAUACUCGACUACAGAAUAUUGUUGAUAACCAGAAGUAUUCAGUUGCAGACACUGAGAGAAUAAAUCAUGAAAGAAAUGAAUUGCAGCAGACUAUUAAUAAGUUAACCAAGGAACUAGAGUCUGAACAGCAGCAGUUGUGGAAUGAGGAGCUAAAAUACGCCAGAGGCAAAGAGGCAAUUGAAACACAGUUAGCAGAGUAUCACAAAUUAGCUAGAAAAUUAAAACUUAUUCCUAAGGGUGCUGAGAAUUCCAAAGGAUAUGACUUUGAAAUUAAGUUUAAUCCUGAAUCUGGUGCCAACUGCCUUGUCAAGUACAGAGCUCAAGUUUAUGUGCCUCUCAAGGAACUCCUGAAUGAAACCGAAGAAGAAAUUAAUAAGGCUCUAAAUAAAAAAAUGGGUUUAGAGGAUACUUUAGAACAAUUGAAUACAAUGAUAACAGAAAGCAGGAGAAGUGUGAGAACUCUCAAAGAAGAAGUCCAAAAACUGGAUGAUCUUUACCAACAAAAAGUUAAGGAAGCUGAGGAAGAGGAUGAAAAAUGUGCCAAUGAGCUUGAGUCCUUGGAGAAACACAAGCACCUGCUAGAAAGUGCUGUUAACGAGGGUCUCAGUGAAGCUAUGAAUGAAUUAGAUGCUGUUCAACGGGAAUAUCAACUAGUUGUGCAGACUACAACUGAAGAAAGACGAAAAGUUGGAAAUAACUUACAACGUCUUUUAGAGAUGGUUGCUACACACGUAGGGUCUGUGGAGAAACACCUUGAGGAGCAGAUUAUUAAAGUUGAUAGAGAAUGUGAAGACUGCAUGUCUGAAGAUCUCUUGGAAAAUAUUGGAGAGAUUGCAGACAAGUAUAAGAAGAAAGCUGCUCUACUUAAGGCUUCUGAUGAAUGAAGAUAAAUUUUUUACUACAUCUUUAUAAAUCUAGUUUAUUAACAAAAAAAUGCAUAUAACUGAAAUUAUGAUAACAAUGUUAAUAAUUUAAAUUAUGACAAUAUGGAUUGCUAUCGUUAAGUGUGAAAAACAAAUUAUAUACAGGGCUGUAGUAAAUAAAAUUUCA